AAUACCAUUUAAUUUAGGCUAAAAACUAACUUUGAUCUUCUAUGUAAUGUGUUGUUCUUCAGUGAGAGAUAAAAGGAAAAAAAGCAAAGAGAGGAAAAGGGGAGGCUUAGCUUCUUCCUUGAUCUUGAAGACUCACUUUCUUUCUUUUGAAGAUGUUUGAUUCUUUAAAUCUAUCUAUACCUGAAGUUUCUCAGAUUCCCUUAACUUUUUUCUCCUUUUACAUUGCCUCAAAGUCUCAUAAUAACUCACUUUGUUUCUUCUUCAAGUCCAAACAAAUUCACUUUCUUUGAAAAACUUCCAAGAAAAUAUGUUGCCACUUAUUCUUGUCACACUCUUUACUCUUGUAUGCACUUCCAUUUCCUCCUCUUCCUCUUCUAUUAGUACUGAUUUUCAUGCUUUGUUAAAUCUAAAAAAAGGAUUUGACUUCUCAAAUUCUGUUUUGAGUUCAUGGGAUAAUUCAAAUCCUAGCUCAGUUUGUUCUUGGAUGGGAAUCAAAUGCUUACAAGACCGAGUUGUAUCGAUAAACUUAUCCAAUAUGGAGCUUUAUGGUUCUGUUUCCCCUGCUAUUUCAAGGUUAGAUAAGCUUGUUGAGCUUUCAAUUGAUGGAAACAACUUCACUGGUGAAAUCAAGAUUGAGAACAUGAGGAGUCUUCAGUCACUCAACAUUUCAAACAACAUGUUUAGUGGUAGUCUUGAUUGGAACUACACAAGUUUGGCUAAUUUGGAGGUUCUUGAUGCUUACAACAAUAACUUCUCAUCUUUUCUUCCUGUUGGAGUUGUUAGCUUGGAGAAACUCAAGUACUUGGACUUAGGUGGCAAUUAUUUCUAUGGACGAAUACCGGAGAGUUAUGGGGAUUUGAUUGGGUUGGAAUACUUACAACUUGCUGGAAAUGACCUGCAUGGAAGAAUCCCUAGAGCUUUGGGGAAUCUUACCAACUUGAAAGAGAUUUAUUUGGGAUAUUUCAAUGUUUUUGUAGGUGGGAUUCCUAAGGAAUUUGGAAAGUUGGAGAAUCUUGUUCACAUGGAUAUUUCUAACUGUGAAUUAGAUGGUCCAAUUCCUCCUGAAUUAGGGAAUUUGAAAUUGUUAAACACACUUUUUCUACAUAUAAAUCUUCUUUCAGGUCCAAUUCCAAAGGAACUAGGCAACCUUACUGGCUUAGUCAAUCUUGAUCUUUCAGCCAAUGCACUUACUGGUGAAAUCCCAUUUGAGCUCAUUAACCUUCAGCAGCUAAGUCUUUUCAACCUGUUCAUGAACAAAUUACAUGGUUCUAUACCGGAUUUCAUCGCUGAUUAUCCUGACCUGAAGAUUCUUGGUCUCUGGAUGAACAACUUCACCGGUAUAAUCCCAGAGAAGUUAGGCCAAAAUGAGAAGCUACAAGAGCUGGAUUUGUCUUCAAAUAAGCUCACUGGUACAAUUCCUAAACACUUGUGUGCUUCUAAGCAACUCAGAAUCUUGAUUUUACUCAAGAAUUUCCUCUUUGGUUCAAUCCCAGAGGAUUUAGGCACAUGUUUAAGUCUUGUUAGGGUGAGAUUGGGACAGAACUACUUGAAUGGUAGUAUUCCAAAUGGAUUCAUUUACAUGCCUGACCUAAACUUAGUUGAGCUUCAGAAUAACUACCUGUCUGGUACCUUAUCAGAAAAUGGUAACACUUCUUCAAAGCCAGCCAAGUUAGGUCAAUUGAAUUUAUCAAACAAUCAACUUUCAGGUUCUUUACCAUUUUCACUUUCUAAUUUCUCUUCCCUUCAAAUCCUUUCACUUGGAGGGAACCAAUUCUCUGGUCCUAUUCCUACUUCUAUAGGUCAACUCUCACAAGCUUUAAAAAUUGACCUCAGUCAAAACUUUCUUUCUGGUGAAAUCCCCCCUGAAAUAGGCAACUGUGUCCACUUGACUUAUCUAGACUUGAGCCAGAACAACUUCUCUGGCUCAAUUCCACCUCGAGUAUCCGAAAUCCGAAUCUUGAACUACUUGAACUUGUCAAGAAACCACUUGAAUGAGACCAUACCAAAGUCAAUUGGCACCAUGAGGAGUCUCACUACUGCUGAUUUCUCAUUCAAUGAUCUAUCAGGCAAGCUCCCAGAAUCAGGCCAAUUUGCUUACUUCAAUGCUACUUCUUUCGCGGGCAAUCCUCAACUCUGUGGUUCUUUAUUGAACAACCCUUGCAAUUUCACACUAAUCACUGAUCCACCAGGAAAGUCUCAUGGAGAUUUCAAGCUGAUCUUCGCCCUCGGAUUGUUAAUCUGUUCACUAGUCUUUGCAGCUGCAGCUAUCAUAAAGGCCAAGUCUUUCAAGAAAACAGGCGCGGACUCUUGGAAAAUGACAGCAUUUCAGAAGGUUGAAUUCAGUGUUGCUAAUGUUCUUGAAUGUGUAAAAGAUGGCAAUGUGAUAGGCAGAGGAGGAGCCGGGAUUGUGUACCAUGGGAAAAUGCCAAAUGGAGUUGAAAUUGCAGUGAAAAAACUGCUUGGCUUUGGGAACAAUAGUCAUGAUCAUGGUUUCAGGGCGGAGAUUCGGACACUAGGCAACAUUCGACAUAGAAACAUUGUAAGACUAGUUGCUUUUUGUUCCAACAAGGAAACGAAUCUCCUUGUGUAUGAGUACAUGAGGAAUGGUAGUUUAGGAGAGGCGUUACACGGGAAAAAAGGUGGAUUCCUUAGCUGGAAUUUGAGGUAUAAAAUUGCUAUAGAAGCUGCUAAAGGAUUGUGCUAUCUUCACCACGACUGCUCGCCAUUGAUCGUUCACAGAGACGUCAAAUCCAACAACAUUUUGCUGAAUUCAAACUUUGAAGCUCAUGUUGCUGAUUUUGGACUAGCAAAAUUCUUGGUAGAUGGUGGUGCCUCAGAAUGCAUGUCUGCUGUUGCUGGCUCCUAUGGUUACAUUGCCCCUGAAUAUGCAUACACAUUGAGAGUAGAUGAAAAGAGCGAUGUAUAUAGUUUUGGUGUGGUUCUAUUGGAGCUGAUCACCGGGCGUCGUCCGGUGGGUGAAUUCGGAGACGGAGUGGACAUAGUACAAUGGAGCAAGAAAGUGACAAAUUGUAAAAGGGAACAAGUAACACACAUUGUUGAUCCAAGGUUAACCACUGUGCCUGAAGAUGAAGCCAUGCAUUUGUUCUUUAUUUCUAUGCUAUGUAUUCAAGAAAAUAGCGUAGAACGUCCAACAAUGAGGGAAGUCAUUCAAAUGUUGUCCGAAUUUCCACGACAAUCAUCAGAAUAUAAUCAACCUUCGACUUCAAAAGUUGUUUUACAUAAGCUAAAAAGCCUUGAGAAUGACCAAACUACUUGUCCGAAGAUUCGGAAAGAACUUUUGGUCUAACCAAUUUUCAUUUUUAUAUAAUAUGGUCCUCUUGGCAAGUUGUUUUAAUUUUAACUUUGUAUUAUUCUUUAUGCUUAUUUAAGGUUAGGGGUUUUGUGACAAAGAGAAAUAGGAAUAUAAUUAGUACUAUGUGUUAUUAGUGGUUAAUUAGUUGCUUUUGAUUAGUUGUUAGGGUUGGGGGUGUUUAAGUUCUUGGCAAAGGCAGACCAGGCCCAAUUAAGUUGGUUCUGAAUGCUUUUUGUAUCAUAUGGUUAUAUACAGGUAUAUAUUCUUCCUUUUACGGGUGAA